AUGGCCAUGAAGACUUUCUCGGAUUUUACAAUAUACCAAACCAUCGCAUCUGAAACCAUUGUCCAGGCAAUCAAAGAUAGCCUCAUUCGACUCCAGUUGUCUUUGUCCCAGUGCAGGGGACAGUGCUAUGAUGGUGCCAGCAACAUGCUUGGUAAAAAAUCUGGUGUGGCAAAACAAACUGGUGUGGCUCUACCCACACAUUGUCACAGUCACUCCCUGAGCUUAGGUGUAAAGGAUGCAACAAAUAAUUGCCAGAUCUUAUCUAACACCAUGAAUAAUACGAAUGAGAUUGUUAAACUCGUAAAGUAUUCUCCCAAACGAGAAAAUUUACUUGGAGACCUGAAGGAAAACCUUCAAUACGAGGACGAGGAGGAAGACGCGGCGGCUGCUGGACUUACAAAAUUCAGUGCAACUAGGUGGACGGUUUGA